AUGGAAGACUUAGACUAAUUCAAAGGUCAAUUCGAAUUCUUAACUAGGCGUGCUAUAACAGAGGCUGCACCUCACAGAGCCGCUUGCAGAUAUGAUUCUGCUGAUGAUAAUGAAGAGGAGGAAUUAGCAAUUAAUGGUGCUGAUUAUUUUGACUUGAAUAUGCUUCCUGACUAAAUGCCUCAGGAUUUAUAUGCUUAAAAUACCUAGCCCUUGAACCUAAUUCCGUAGAGGCCUUAUAAAGAUGGAGAGAUAAAAAACUACAAGGGCUUAAGAGCUUCUGCAUAAGGUAAAAGGGAAAAUUACGCUCUGGGUAAACCUCUUAAACCUACAACUUUCGGGAAUAAUAAUAAUUUACCAGGAAAAGUAUUUAGUAAUUGUGCAAGUAGUGGCUAUAAUUCCUAAAAAAAUUUGAGAAAUAAUCAGACAAUGAAUGGUUGCGCAUUGGGAAACAAUAGAUAUAGUUCAUAGAAUAAUAAAGGAUUUGACUGCGAGGAUGAAGAUGAGCUCAUGGAUGAUGGAGAAGGAGUCUUAGAUGUUGCUGAGGAAAAUUGUAUAGGUGCUACUGUUUUGGGUUCAUAACUAUAAACAGAAGCUGUUUUCACAGAAUCAGCACCCGAAACUUUAAGCUAGACCUAUAGAAGAGGUAGUUAUAGGUACAAAGACAGGAUAAAUACUCUUAGAAUGCAAAGUAAAGAAAACUAUCAAAGAGAACAUAUGAUAGGUCCGACUUAUUUUACAGAGAUAGACGAGAAAGGGAAAAAUGAGGAAGCAUGCUAGGAUGAUGAGUUUGAAUUAUUUGACAGAGCCUAGCAUGAUAAUAUUCUUAGCUAAAGAAUGAGACAACAUGAGACCUAAAUUAAUGUUGAUUUUUCUGAUCUAGAAAUAGGGGGCUAGCAAACUUUGUUUAAAAGUCGAUAUACAAUUGAAAAAGCAAAAUACGAUAAAAGAUGGACAACUUAACCUGCUGAUUAAAAUGAUGUUUAGGUUUGCGAUGAUGAUGAAGAUAACACCCCUAAACAAGAUCUUAGUUAGUAAUUCUUAGAUCCGAGAAAUGGAGCACACUUUCAGUAUAAAGAACUAAUAAAGAGGCUAUCAGAUAUUACGAAUUCUUCAAGAGAAAAGAAUUCUUCAAGAAAAGGCAAAAAUACUCGACCAAAAGUAAAGCAAUGUGAAACUGAUGCAAGAUUACCCUUGAAGGAGAAAACCCAAGAGAUAAUGAAUUAAAUAGAUAAAAAUUCAAGUUCUAAGAAAAAAAGAGUUUCAGCUUAAGGUGAUCAUUCAAAUAAGGGAAAGCCUUUCAGUAAUUCAGCCAAAAACAGCAAAAAGUAAGACACAAAGAAGAUAUAAGAAUAAAUUACGGUCAAAGUUCCGAUGCAUUAAAUUCCUCAAAAUCUCAUAACCUAAAACAAAAUCUCAAAGUUGUUACUCUCAAAUCAAGAAAAUCAUUUCAUAGAUAAAAAGUUGAAAGAUCUAUAAAUGGACUCUGGAGUCAACAUUAGUAAAAGUAAUAUUGCUAAGAAUUUAACAAUUAAUCAUAAUAAGAGUCAUUAAAAUCUUCACAAGUCAAUUGAGAAAACCUUUAACAAAAUAUCUACUUAGUAAUAAUGCCAAAUAAACAACAUGAAACUUAAUAAAGCUUCUGGGUAGUAAAAUAAACUUUUCUCUAAUGCCCCGAUAUAAAACUAGGCCAUUAACAAACAUUAAUCUCAAAAUCAAAUAGUAAUAAGCAAUAUACUUUCAAAUAAUGCAUUGAGCUCUAGCAUUUCGAGCAGUAGUACAGGAGGACCAUAAUAGAUAUAUUAGAAUGGGUAAUAACAGAAUAACUGUAUAUCUGGUACAUUUAAUACUGGCACAAAGUGUCCUAGUACAAACUUUUUAAAAACCGCAACAACAGCUUUUACUACGACUACAACUAACAAAUCAUCAGCGAAACUUACAUAAUGCAAUAGCAACAAGUAAAUCAAUAACAACAAGGAAACUCCAGAAGCGACUACUAGGCAAAAGUUAAGACUUACUGGAACUGCAUUAAGCUCAACAAGCAAGAGAAAUAAUAUGAAUUCAGCUGGAUGCGGAACAACGCUAAGCAAUAACUCUUAAGGAAACACCAUUCAAAAUAGCUAAACUAAUAUUUAGGGCUUGCCUCAGCAUUAAUUUGGAUACCAUGACUCAGGAAACAAAAGAAGUCAUAAUUCAGAGCAGAAAGAUUCUUAAAAUAUAGCUAAUAAAAGUCAUCAAGCACUUAAUCCUACAUCAGGAACCUUGAAUAGUGGAACUAAUACUCAUCCAUCUUCUGUUCCAAGAAGCAACUCUAGUCACAAAAAGGUUCAGUAAAAGCAAGUGCAAAAAAUGAUAAAAAACUAGAGUUUUUUAAAAGGAUCUUAAAUAGAUAAUGUGAAUAAGAAGUAAAAUGAAUUUUACAACACUAUUUAUCAAAAUAUUUAGACUGGUAAACUCGGUCUAUCAACCUUAAGUGGUGGUAGCCAGUUAAAUCUCAAUCUUAAAAAUAACUAGCAGCAAAUGCAAUUACAGCAGUAGUCAAUGGUCAAUUUUUAAAAUCAAAAUAUAUAAGGAGGAGCUACAAGGCUUUCAGAUAAUAAGAAAAACUCGAUAGUGGGUAAUAGUUCAAAGACGACUCGAGUGCAAGCUCCAUAAAAUUAAAUUCAACCACCCUCUAGCAGCAAGCCUUAAUCUAGAUUAAGUUAGGGUAAGACUCCAUAAAAUGAUGGAUUAAUGCUUGAAAAUGCAAAUUUUUAAGCUAUCACUAAAUCUAUGAAAAGAAUCUCAGAAAUGAUGCAUGCUUAAUAGUAAUCCCCAACUAAUAACAAUAAUGAUACAUACUCUAGAAAAAGUUCCAAUAAAAAUUUUAAGGAUGAAUAAAAUAACAAUGAAAAAUCCUUAGUCGGAAAAAACAGCUCGAUUAACCUUUUCAAUAUUCCUGCUUUAAAUGCUCAAAAGAUUAACUAGUUUUUCAUGAAAAUAAAUCAAGAGUAGUAACAAUAUUUAGCAAAUCAAUCUUAGGUUAAACUAGCAUAGCACUCUUAGUAAUAGUAGCAACCAUAAAUGCAAACUUCUUCAAUUUCAUAAUAGAAUUAAAAUAACUUCUAAUCAAUUCUUCUUAAUCACUAAGUGCAGAAAAAAAAUCAUGCUAACAACACAAGCCAAUAACAAAAUUAAGGCAAAACUUAAAAUAGGCCACUUUCAGGCAAUGAUACUAUAAACUAACCAAAUUAGAACGUAUAUUCUGAAGCUACAAAUCAUAGAAGAAAAAUAUCAUAAGAAAAGCAGAACAUGGCUUAAUCAGUGUUAUAAUAGAGUGAUUAAAAUCAAAAGUAAAAUAAUAUAGAUUUUGAUAACAGGCAAUCUCUUUAAGUCUAGCACAAAACUAUGGAAAAGAAACAAACAACAACGUCUUAGCAACAACAGAAAAUGAGGAAUCUACAUGAAGAAAAAGAAAAAAUGAAUAGAUAUCUAGCACAAAAGAAAGAAGAGCUGGCUUAAGCAACUUUAAAAUCUAAUAACUAGAGAUAUGCUGGAUAGGACUAAAGUGUCCUUGGGAAAAAAGGCUUCCUUCUAGCAAACAUUAAGAUUCCUAAGUCUAAUGCAAAUCAAAACAACAAGUUAAGUAAUAAUCAGCAUUCUUAAUAAUAGCUAUUCAAUCCAGAUGUUUAUGAGAGAAUGCAUAUGCCUACAGAAGAGGAUGACUACAGUUCAAAACUAAUGAGCAAAGAAUAACUUUUCACAGAGGUCUAUCAACUUGGAAAUAUAAUUGAGACAGAUGGUGAUCAAAUUUAGUCUUUCUCUGAUAUAGGUCAAUAUUUGUAACAGCAAUAGCAGUAGCUAAAUCACUAAUAGUAGAAUUACCAUCAUCAUCAUCAAAACUAAAAAGUAUAACCAAAAUAACAUAUUUCGAACUCAACUGGAGCAUAGAGACAUUCAGUAAAAGUUAAGCCGAAAAAUGUUUGA